CAGUUCCAACUGCUUGCAAGGAGGUGCAGCUCAUAUCCCGGUCUCUUCAUUUUCAACCCUGCCAAAAGACAGUCAACGACAGUCCACAAUACUUACUAGCUAGCGGCCAUGCCGGCCGCCUACCCGCUCCCUUCUGACUUGUCUCCUACAACCGUUAGCAAUACCGCCUCCCUCCUCCGCAUCAUUGCGCUUGCUCUCAUAUCAGGCGCUGCUAUUGCCUCUCGUCUCUUUGCUGUUAUUAAUUUUGAGAGUAUUAUUCACGAAUUCGAUCCAUGGUUUAACUAUCGCGCAACGAAGGUUCUUGCCUCGCAAGGCUUCUAUGAAUUCUGGAAUUGGUUUGACCCAACCGCAUGGUACCCCCUUGGACGUGUAGUCGGUGGAACAAUCUAUCCCGGUCUUAUGGCAACCAGUGGUGUAAUUUACAACUUGCUCCACGCACUCAAUCUUCCUGUCGAUAUCCGCAACAUUUGCGUCCUCCUAGCUCCAGGUUUCAGCGCCUUGACAGCUUGGGCUACAUACAUGUUUACGAAAGAAAUGAAAGACGAAAGUGCUGGUCUUCUUGCAGCCGCGUUCAUUGGCAUUGUGCCGGGCUACAUCUCCCGCUCCGUCGCAGGCUCAUACGACAAUGAGGCAAUCGCCAUCUUUUUGCUCAUGUUCACCUUCUUCGCAUGGAUCAAGGCACUCAAGCAGGGAAGUGCUUUUUGGGGCACAAUCGCCGCUGUUUUUUACUUCUACAUGGUCGCUGCAUGGGGUGGGUAUGCAUUCAUCACAAAUAUGAUCCCUUUACAUGCCCUCGUCUUGUUGCUGAUGGGUCGCUUCACGAGCCGGCUUUAUGUCGCGUAUUCGUCCUGGUAUGCGAUUGGCACAUUGGCCAGUAUGCAGGUCCCCUUCGUUGGCUUCCAGCCCGUUCGUACUAGCGAACACAUGGCUGCACUCGGCGUGUUCGGUCUUUUGCAGAUAGUUGCUUUUGCGCAACUUGUUCGCGCCCACGUUUCUUCGAAGCAGUUCCAGGAAUUGUUGUUCGCCGCAGUCAUCUCUCUUGGCUUGAUCGGCUUCUUUGGAAUUAUCGGCCUUACUUACAAGGGCUGGAUUGCCCCUUGGACUGGGCGAUUCUACUCCCUGUGGGACACAGGCUAUGCCAAGAAGUACAUCCCCAUCAUUGCCUCAGUCUCCGAGCAUCAGCCUACCGCAUGGCCCUCGUUCUUCAUGGACCUGCACUUCCUGAUUUUCCUCUUCCCGGCUGGCGUAGUGCUGUGUUUCCGUACACUGAGGGACGAGCACAUCUUUGUAAUCAUCUACGCGGUCGUUGCCAGCUACUUUGCAGGUGUGAUGGUUCGUCUGAUGCUUACCCUCACACCGGUUGUCUGUGUAUCUGCUGCUGUGGCACUCUCGACACUCAUGGAUACGUACUUGGACCCUACCGAACCAAGUCUUGAAGAUGACAAGACUGAGUCCUCAAGUAUUCCCUCCACCACUGCAACAAGUGGUCCAUCUACCACGACUCCCGCUACUCCCGCCACCAGCAAGAAGGCGAAAAAGAACAAGGAGAAAGAAAGGGAAAAGGAAGCCUCUGCAUCUGCUGGCGGUGUCUUGGGUGAACUCGUGUCCAAUGUUGCCACCUCUGCUGUAGCUGCCAAAUCUGCCACCACUGCCGAGAAGGGCAUCUUCGGUAUGGACACGCGCUUUGUCGUUCUUUUGAACGCCCUCGGGCUGCUCCUCUUCUUCGUCGUGCACUGCACAUGGGUGACUUCUAAUGCAUACUCCUCGCCAUCCGUCGUGCUCAGCUCGUCGGGUCCCGACGGAAGCAAGAACCUCAUUGAUGAUUUCAGGGAGGCAUAUCACUGGCUGAGGCAGAACACGGCAGAGGAUGCAGUUGUCAUGAGCUGGUGGGACUACGGCUACCAGAUUGCAGGAAUGGCGGAUCGCCCAACAUUGGUGGACAACAAUACCUGGAACAACACACACAUUGCGACAGUGGGCAAGGCCAUGGCGUCGCCCGAGGACAUCGCUUACCCCAUCCUGCGCAAACACGAUGUCAGUUACGUGCUCAUCAUUUUCGGCGGGCUGAUCGGGUACAGCGGCGAUGACAUCAACAAGUUCCUCUGGAUGGUACGUAUCGCACAAGGCGUCUGGCCUGAUGAAAUUCAAGAGCCAAAUUACUUCAACCGUGGCGAAUACCGUGUGGACAGUGAGGCAAGCCCGGCGAUGCGCGACAGUCUGAUGUACAAGAUGAGCUACUACCGAUUUGCGGAGCUGUUUGGUGGUCAGCAGGCCGUGGAUCGUGUGCGGGGGCAGCAUGUUCCUAUCCAGGGCCCAACGUUGGACUACCUUGACGAGGCAUAUACGUCGGAAAACUGGAUCGUUCGCAUUUAUGAAGUGAAGAAGGACGAUGUGCUUGGACGUGACUUGAAAAUCGCGAAUGCGUUCGAUCAGGGGAAGAAACGCAAGCGGACAAAACCCGUGUCGAGAAGGAAGGCCAUCAGUGCUUGA